AAUGAUUUCAUUAAUUUAAGGAUAAAAAUGAUUCCAUAAGUGAUAUAGGAAAGUAGAAAAUAUGAGUUUAAUAAAGUAGAAAGGCUUUUAGUCAUAGAAAAGUUAAUUUUUCAAAUUAUUUAAUGGAAAAUAAAAAAAAAAAGAAUAUGAUGACAAAAUCAAUUGCAUGAAAUGACGAGAAAACACAAUGAUAAAUGAAACCGAGAUAAAAUAAUAAAAUUUAAAAAAAAUAUUGUGAAAAUCGAGAAAUAUAACGAAAUAUUUGAUCAACCUGGAUAAUAACCAGCAUCUAAUGGAAAUCAAUAAUAUUGACGACAGCAAAAACAAGUUCCCAGCAACGAAUGUCAGUCAUUCACUUCCGUUGAUGACCGACUUAUUGGCACUGGAGUCUGGCAUGGAUGUAUUGCCAAGAACACCAGCUCACGGUCCAUAUCAUCACAAUAACCUAGUUCAUCAUCACCACAACUAUCAUCAUCACACAGAUCAAACCAAAUCGCUUCAGGAACUGCAGAAUGAAGUCGGCGCUUUACUGGAGUUUCGUGAUUUGGUUAUUGAAACCUUUCCUGAUCUCAAACACAAAAUGGCAUCGUCGAGCGCAAAUAGUACAAUUACAGGACUGCAGUCAUCUUCGAUAAUAUCAAGACGAGAAUGGGAGCCUGGGAUACGUGUUCGACGUAAACUAAACAGCAACUAUAGCAAAGAAGGAAGUGGUGAAAUUCAGUCAUCAUCACUAUUAAUAAGAAGUCGUAGUAAUUCACAUAGUGGCAAAAAGGAACCAAAGAGUGGUGAAGGCAAUGGAAGUGUCAUACAGGAUUCAGGUUUUUCAACUGAAACCAGUUCCUCAAAAGAAGCGCAUAGCGCUUCAUCAACAGCUGGUUCAGCGGGUGUUCAGGGUAACAACAUUUCAAGUGCAUUAACAGCUCGUCUCACCUCCAACCCAACAAGUAGUAAUUCUGACAAUGAAUUAUGGAAUUUACUUGAUGUGAUACAUAGGCGAACAUCACGCUUAGCUGAUGAAAGUAAUCAAAAAUUUAAUAAUAAUAAUAAUAACCAUAGUAAUACUGGUCAGUCAUCGACGGCAGUAAAUUCAUCAUCAUCUUUUCAAAGUCAAUUGAAUUAUAUGAAAAAAGAUGAUGUGCAGAAAUUACGAAAUGAGCGUGAUCAUUUGAUGGAUAAAAUGGGUGAUAUGGAAGCGGAGGUUCUUGCAAGUCUAAUAAAAGAAUCGAAGCUCCAGGAUCAAAUAAAUGAACUGCGACAGACCAAAGCAGAAUUGGAGACCCAACUGAAAUUUGCACUAGGCCAAAAAUCAGAACUGUCUCGACUUCGUGAUAUUAACUUAUUAUUUGAUGACAGUCCUAAUAGUCAAAAUGAUAAUAAACUGAACCGUCCAAAAACAGAAGAUAUACAGUCAAAUGUAGUUGUUUCGCCAAUUGUAAAAAAUCGAACUUCAUCAUCAUCAUCGUCAUCAUCGUCGACAACAACUUUUCAGCCCAUUCCUAUUAAACCACAAAUAACAAAUAAAGAAAUUCAAAAAUCGUCAAUAAAUGAUGAUCAUUUAACGCUAUCAACAUCAUCCUCUUGCGUUGUAAAACAAAUGAAAGACGAAUUAAAUGCAAUUGGAAGACUUGAUGGUCUCAUAAGCAAUCCCAAUAGUAAAUUAAAUAAAAUUCGUGUGCCUGAUUCAAAGAAAAUUGCUGCCAUACUACUCGAGACAAAUAUCAUUGAGCUGCAACGGCAUUUACUGACAAUCACAGUACAGAAUCAGGUAUUGCAGCAAAAACUUGAACAGGCAACAAAGUCAAAAAUUCUUCUAAUUAAAAAAUUAGACAAAUCAAAAGAAGAUGUAGAAGACUUGAAAUUUACGGUUGAGGAACGAAACAUUGAAUUGGAAGGAGCACGAGCACAAAUCCGUGUAAUGGAAGCAAAACUAUUAGCAGCACGCUGUGAUGUAAGUCCUGAGCAUCAAUCAUCGUCAUCGUCGACGACUACACGAUUAUCUCGAGACGGCAUAACUGUUAUGCAUACAUCCACACCAAUUCAAAGACAUAUUCAGCCCACAACAAUUUCAACGCCAAGUAUGAAAGCUAUGAUACCACUUGCUAUGGAUGAUUUAUUUCAACACAGUAGUUCGACAGAGUCGGCACAUGAUCAGCAAGAGAGAGAUAUGACUACAUCAAAAUGUCCAGAGACACCACGUCGAACAAAACCGAGUAAGAUUCCAUUGCCGGGUUCAACAAAAACGGCUGUGAAUUUUUCUACAAAGCCACCAAGUGGACGUGCGAUUUCAGCUGGUCCACCAUCAGCAAAUAGAAGCCUUACAAAAAGUACUAGUAGUCUUUAUGCAGCAAGUGGAUUCAGAGCAGGUGGACCAUCGUCUUUGACAAAAAAAGAUUUAAGUCUUAAUCGUCCAGAUUCCGUUCAUAGCUUGAGAAAUUCAAACUCAAUGGACGGCAAUAAGACACAACAGCAAGCAAACCGUAACUCAUCGUCAUCAAUACCAAUAUCGCAGAGUAAUAGUACCAACGUAAGCAAUAAGCUUGUUGCGACAGCAUCACCGACAUUGAUAGCAGCAUAUGGAAAUGCGACAAUUGUCAACAUUCCAUCAUCAUCGCCAAAUAAGUUUGUGACAUCUUCACAGUCUCCAGUGCUAAGACCAAAGCGCGAUUCAUUAACAACACGAGUCAAGAAUUUAGAUUCAUUAUCACGCCUUCAAUCGUCAUCAUCAAGUGGCACAUUAUCGGCAAAUGGAAUUGGUGGCAAUGCUAUAUCAACACCACGAUUGAACAAUAACAGCAAUUGCAAUAAUAAUCAAAAUGUGGUAACAAAUGGCACUAAUAAUAACAAUAAUAAUAGAAAGUAUACUGCACUUCCGGUACGUCGCAUGAGUAAUGUUUCAGUCCGCGAUGCAAAUACAAUUGAUCACCAACAUCACAUUCAUCAUCACAAUGAUAAUAGCUCUAGUGCUAAUGGUAAUUCUGAUGCGAAUAGCGGAAAGGUGCAUUAUCUCAACCUCAAAUACAAUAACGAUAUCGGCCAAAACAACAACAAGCAUGUGCAGUCAAAUGUGAUGGAAAAAUCAUCGACAACAUUAAGUAUCAAUUCCGCGCUAGAACUAGAAGUUGAGAAUGCACGAAAGAAGUUUGAAGCACCAAUACAAUUACGGUCGCGUGACUUGAUAUGUGAAUAUCUCCAAAAGUCAAUCAUUAAGGUGCCAGACAUUUUGAAACCUCAGCAAAAUCACAACAAACACCUACAGCAUCAUUGUCAUAAUGAGACCUUUUCAGCUUCUGUUGACGUUGACAUUAAUGAUAUCGAUUUAGCAUAUAAACAUCCAAUGGUUAUUGCAGAAGAGCUUGAACAUGGUGGACGUGAAGCUCUUGCAUUUGACUCACUUAAGAAGAUAAAUCAUCUUGCUGACAAUUCUUCCAUAAUUAUUCCACAAUAUAAACAAGAAGUUUGGAAAAAUCCUGAACGCCCACAUUUGAUUGGAAAAGUAACUCCAAAUAUAGCCAGAACAUGGAAACAACUGUCAAGUACCAUGAAUCAUUUCAGCGAAUAUGAAAAGCAAGAGGAGGAAGACAAGCAAAGCUACGUUCUAUUCGUACGAAAGCCAUUCAAUUUCAGUGCAUCUGACAGUCACGAAAAUGUAUUUGCUGUCAAUAAAAUUCAUCAUUUGGCUGAAAGUGAAAAAUUUUAUGAUAGUAUUGAGGAAUAUAACGACGAUUAUGAAGAAGAAAUUGAUGAUAUUGACUACAAUUUGGAUUAUGAAGAUGGGAAUAUGACAUGUGGAGGUGAAAUGAUGGCAGAUGAAACUGAUUCGUUGGAGAUGAGAAGAUGUGGGAAAGAUGACGUUAUUGUUUGGUCUAUUGAAAGCUAGGUUAAGCAAUAGCAGUUUUUAAUUUGUGGAAAGAUAAUUUUAAACUGCAAACCAAAAAUUGAGAAUCUUGAAGAAUGCACAUUUUCGAAACAAGUUUCAAAAAUGCACAAAAAAUUGAAAUUAUAAAAAAAGAUAUUUCUCGAGUAAUUAAAAAUUAAUAUGAGCUUUAAGAAAGCAAAUUAACACACCUUUAAUUAACGGAUUCUAGAGAUGAUCGUAAUGCCAUGCUAUUCUAUUUAAAUUUUAUAAAUCUAUCCAUGUUCCAUAAUUUAUUCACUUUAAGAAUAGAACACAUUAAAUGGCAUUAUGGUUCGCACGUACUUAUAAAAUAUUUAAAAAGCUUUAGGCAUUAUUCUCUAAAAAAAUUAUAAAAUAUUGCGCUUAAAAUUCAAGCAAAUUCAAAUGAGUUUAAAUGUUUCUAAGGGUUUAAUAUCAUAUUUUGCUAGUUGAUUCGCCUUAACUUGCUAAUCAAAUUCUGAUCGCUAAUAUAAAAUGCGAUUAAAUUCUACGAUCAAUUACACGAGGAUUGAUUGAUUGUACAUUACAUUUUUAUAAAGCCCGUACUUUAUAGUUGAUAUAUCACCUCAUAUGUUAAGAAAAUUGUUCUAUUUUCAAUACAAGUUGAAAACCAUGUUAAACAAUAAUAUUAAGCAAAAACACGAAGAAAAUAAAGAAUUAAAAAAAAUGAACAG